GUUUGCCGUGGCCAAAAAAGAACGGACAAACACUAUUUUAGUUGAAACAUCAUUUCCAACUGUAAACGGCAGCGCGAUUAUAGGCAACAAAAAAAAGGAGAAAAUAAGUACGCCUCUGUGUGUGUGUGCGUACGUCACAGACCGCGUGCGAGUGUAUGUGUGUGUGUGCGAUGGGAAAAAUCAGUAAAAUGUUUAUGCAAAUCAUGCGACGAAUGUGCGCCAAUUGCGUAAAAUCGUAAAGUGCAUUAAGUGAAACGAAAUUAUAUAAUUAAGGAGCGCCAUAAGGAAAAAAGCGAAAAGUAUUUUUUUUGGCAAAUACAAAGAAAGUAAAAAGGUUGCAGCUCCUCUUCCUUUUCUUCGCGUGUGUGUGUGUGUGUAGGUGUAGGCGAGUGUGGCAGUGUGUUGGUGUCUCGUGGCCAGCUGUCUGUGUGUGUGUCCGGGAGCGGGUGUCUGUAUGUGUGCACUGUGGGUGCAACAACGUGAACGGUUCAUCCCGGAAGUGAUUUGUAUAAGGCCGAAAGGAAAGCCUCUGAAAUUUUACACCCAAGCGGAAACAGUUGCUUGUAUUUUGUGAUGAAGUCAUGUGGAAAUAGCAGCCACAACCACAGCAACUACAACUACAACACGACCAGUACAAUUAUAGGCAAAAGUUAAUUAAAUGCUGCAUCAUUUGCAAGCUGCAAAAAGGAAUUCUUAACAAUCGCAAUAAAACUUUUGUCGAACAAAAGUAAUUAAAGGCCCUCACACUCAGACCAAUACCUCACUUGGCGCUAUGCGACAACAAAGUUGGUAGGAGCGGCGAUUGGUCGUUGGGCGUUGGGCGCUGGGCGUUCUGCAAGUGGGCGAGUGGGGCCAGAAGGAGUCCUGUACAUGGCCAGAAGCCAGCUGACGCUGCCAGCCGCAAACAGCUAACAGCUAACAGCAAGGAGCCCCUCGGGGACCAAGGACGCAGGACGAAGCGACGGCCAACAAAAUGCAGAAGGAGAACAAUGUCACGGCGGAGAAUUGCCAAUUUGUGGGGCCCUAUCGCCUGGAGAAAACCCUCGGCAAGGGUCAAACGGGUCUCGUCAAGUUGGGCGUGCAUUGUGUGAUUGGCAAGAAGGUUGCGAUCAAAAUAAUCAAUCGCGAGAAACUCAGCGAAUCGGUGCUAAUGAAGGUUGAACGUGAAAUCGCCAUAAUGAAACUAAUCGAUCAUCCGCACGUCCUUGGCCUGAGCGAUGUGUACGAGAACAAGAAGUAUUUGUAUUUAAUAUUGGAGCAUGUAUCCGGCGGCGAGCUCUUCGACUACCUGGUGAAGAAGGGUCGCCUGACGCCUAAAGAGGCACGCAAGUUCUUCAGGCAAAUCAUCUCCGCCCUGGACUUCUGCCACUCGCAUUCGAUUUGCCAUCGCGACUUGAAGCCGGAGAACCUGCUGCUGGACGAGAAGAAUAACAUUAAGAUUGCGGACUUUGGCAUGGCCUCACUGCAGCCGGCUGGCAGCAUGCUGGAGACCUCCUGCGGCAGCCCCCACUACGCGUGUCCGGAGGUCAUACGGGGCGAGAAGUACGAUGGCCGCAAGGCGGAUGUCUGGUCCUGCGGGGUCAUACUGUACGCCCUGCUGGUGGGUGCGUUGCCCUUCGACGACGACAACUUGCGCCAGCUGCUGGAGAAAGUCAAGCGCGGCGUCUUUCACAUACCGCACUUCGUGCCGCCGGACUGCCAGAGUCUGCUGCGCGGCAUGAUUGAGGUGAAUCCGGACCGGCGGCUCACGCUGGCUGAAAUCAACCGCCAUCCGUGGGUCACAGCUGGCGGCAAAGGCGAACUGGAGCUGGAGCUGCCGAUGAUGGAGGUGGUGCAGACACAUGUGAUUCCCACAGCCACUGCGGUGGAUCCGGAUGUGUUGAACGCAAUUUGUUCGCUGGGCUGUUUCAAGGAGAAGGAGAAGCUCAUCCAGGAGUUGCUCAGUGCGAGUCACAAUACGGAGAAGGUCAUAUAUUUCCUGCUGCUGGAGCGGAAGCGAAGGCGACCUGCGCUGGAGGAUGACGAUGAAAUUGCGCAGAAGUCCCGCAGUGAACUGGAUGCAGUGGAUCCGCCACGUAAACGCCUCGACACCUGUCGCAUUAACGGCACAAAUGCACCCAGCUACGGACAGAUCUCGGAGGGUUCACCGCUCACGCCAAGGCGACAGGCCUUUAACUUCCGCUCGUACAGCAGCACACGGAACCACCAAAGGCGCUCGCCCACAACAGUUUCCUCGUCGGUGCGGAGCUCCUCAUAUCACAGUCCCACGCGUUGCAACUCCCCGAUGAGUUCGGCGCAGCAGCAGGCGAAUGCCAUAUCCCGGCCAUCAUCACCGGCGGCGGGAACCCGGCACUCCACAUAUGGCGACCGUGAUCGCUCUGGCCACCACUCGUCCGUGAGCCGGACACCGUCGCACAGUUCGCAGAAGAGCAUCGAGGGCGAUGUGGUGGUGGUGCGGGAGCCACGCAUCGAGCGACGGGACUCGCUGCGCCAGGAGCGUGGUGGCGGAUCGCCGAGGGAGCGUGGCGAUUGCGGCAUUCCGCCAAGCAGUCCGGGUGGCAACUCGAGCGGAUCCACAUCCGCCUCGCCGUCGGUGCACCACCGUGCCAACUCAGGUCCGACCAUUGCCAUUAGUAUGUUCCACGAUCCCGAGUCGAAUAGUGUUGUGAACCCCAAUGGCUCGCCCAUGAUGAACAACAGCAGUCCGGGAAUGCCGGGCUCACCGUGCAACACACCUGGUGGCCAGUUGUGGAAGACGCGACUGACCAACAUCAAGAACAGUUUCUUGGGAAGUCCGCGCUUCCAUCGCAGAAAAAUGCAAGUUUCUGCCGAUGAGGUGCACUUGACGCCCGAAUCCUCGCCAGAGCUCACGAAGCGCUCCUGGUUUGGUAAUCUCAUAACAACCGAGAAGGAUGAAACCUUCACUAUUUUGGUCAAGGGCAAGCCCAUUGCCACGGUCAAGGCGCAUUUGAUACACGCAUUUCUAUCCAUGGCUGAACUAUCUCAUAGCGUGGUUUCGCCCACCUCGUUUCGGGUGGAGUACAAGCGGAAUGGCAACGGACCCGUCAUGUUCCAGCGUCAUGUCAAGUUUCAGGUUGACAUCAGUGCCAUUUGCAAACAAGGUGACAUAGCAGAUAUGUUGUUUGCACUAACAUUUACGCUGCUAUCAGGUAACAUUCGGCGUUUUCGACGCAUUUGCGAGCACAUCCAGUCCCAGGUGUGCUCCAAGCGGUUUCCAGGACCCAGUAGUCCGCCCACGGUAACCAGUGUAACCCAGGCCGUUUCGGAAAGCUCCUCAUGCGGAUCGGUGUCCAGUGAGAGAUUGUCGUACAAGCGACAGGUGAUCGAGAACGAUAUGGAAAACGACUCCAUAUUCUCGUACAAGUCGGGCAACGGACGUCGAGCCUCGACCACAAACAACAAUAAUGCCAAUCCAGUUGACAUACCAGGCAGUCCGAUUGCGGUGCGAUCCAACUCUGAGACCGCUGAGCACGAACGCAACCGCGAAUUGCAGAGUGAGCGUCAGGCGACAACGAUGUCCGGUAGUGCAAUCGCAUGAGAAUUAUUUCUCUGAUUUAGUUACAUUUUUCUCAAGGAUGUUUGUUUCGAUAUGGCACUAGUCAACACCAAACGCAACCAAAUAUUGUAUUCCAACUAGAUAACGAAUCAGCCACUCAAACAGUAUUUUUUCUAGAAUACCAUCAGCCAGAGAUCUUCAAACUAAGUCAACACGAAAAACUCGAAUAACAUAAUAAAGCAAUAAUAGUGGAAUUUGUAUGAACUAGCAUAUAUAACGAAUCUAAACUUUUCAACGCCGAUCGAUUGAACAGAACUUUGCUAGCUGCUCCAGCUUUUAUCGAACUUGAUUUUCUAAUUAUUGUUAAUUUUUUGAGUGACUUUUGUAUAUGUUCUUAUGAGGGACAUUGUUGCCGCCGCGCCUGAAAAGCUUGCAAAUUUAAAACACCGUGUAAAAAUUUACAAAAAAAAUCAAGUUAGUCCUAGAUUAAGUCGAACCAGUUAUUCUAGUCAUUUUCUUUACCUAGACUAGGCCUCGUAUUUAGCUACGCAAAUGAUGAUUGAUGAUUGCUACUCAAGAAAAUUCGCUGACGAUUUGUAUAGAGUGUAUAAAUGAUAUUACGGAAAUGCACUGAUCUUUAACUACUAAAUAAAGUAACAAAAUUGAAAAAGAAAAGAACUUUUGCAUUACCUUAGCGUUGCUGUUUUUUCUAACAAACCAAAUCGACAUAACUAUUUUGCUAGCUAUGCAGUACUAAACCAAAAACCGAAAAAGCAGGAUGGGAAACGCAAACUAUUUUUCCUAAAUAACAAAAUACUAAAUAAAAAGCGUCAACUUUCGAACUUCAGGCAUGCAUGUAUGACGAUCAAAAGAGUGUUGUGCAGUAGAAAAAGUCAGCUGAUAUUGACAGAGGAAAAAACAUGUAUAAUGUACAUAAGACACCGAAUAACUAACAACGGCACAGCAUAUGGCUAAUUAAGCAUAUACAGCACAUUAAAGUAACGACAUUAAAUACCAGAAACAAUAUAUUUUGCAUGGGCAUGAAAUAAGCUUUCUUAACCAAUACUUGUAUAAAUCAAUUGGGACGAAAUAUAUAUCUAUGUAUAGAAUGGAUCAGGGAUUGUACAAAUUGCUGGGUUGCGUCAGUGACAAAAAAACCUAGGAGAGAAAUUCGAUUGGAGUUUGUAUAUUUUUAUUGGAAAACAAGUAGAGCAAACAAGCUGUCCAAAAAUGCACAAAUCGCAAUGCUAUCGAUGGCCUACGAUAGUUUUUCUCUUAGUGUAAAAAGCGUAUCGCAUGGCAACCCCACAAACAAUCACAUUGAACCUUCCCUACCUUGCGUUUGAGUGGUUUUCAUAGUUUAUAGAUUCUUUUCUAACACCCAAGCCAAUCAGAGUUCUUUUUAUAACACAUACGAUAAUUUGAAACUAAAA